GUUUCUGAUUGGAAUCCGUGCGGUGUUUCCCGAAACUGAAAUUUUUGGGACUCCCUAGUUUUUGAUUUUCCCAACACUUUUUCAAAAUAAUGCAACUAGUAUAACGUAAAGUACACUCUAGAAAAUCUCAGACGCCGUUCGCGAGUGCUUGUGUGAGUGAGAGAACGCAAAUUCCAGCAUAAAAAAAAUGCAACAACAAAGCGCUUUGUUUUUGUUGCUGCUGGCUGUGACGUCGCAAGGAGCAGUCAGCGCAGACGCCGACGUCGCUGCAGCGGAGUCCAAUUGGAAUGACAAAAUCAAAGUGUUCACUGUGGCCACUGAACCCACCGAUGGCUAUUAUAGAUAUCGCCGAUCUUCACGAGUCUACGACAUUGAGGUGACUACUCUUGGCCUGGGAGAAGAAUGGAAAGGAGGGGAUAUGCAAAAACCAGGAGGCGGUUUCAAGCUCAACCUUCUGCGAGAAGCCAUUGCGCCCUAUAAAAAUGAUCCAGAAAUAAUAAUCCUCUUUACAGACAGCUACGAUGUAAUUAUCACGACUACGCUGGAUGAGAUUUUUGACAAGUUCAAGGAGUCGGGAGCCAAGCUGCUCGUCUCAGCCGAGAAAUACUGCUGGCCGGAUAAAAGUCUGGCUAACGACUAUCCCGAAGUGGAGGGCAAGGCCUCCAGAUAUCUCAACUCCGGAGCCUUUAUGGGAUAUGCACCACAAGUGUUCGGCCUCCUGGAGGAUCCAAUUGAAGAUACUGCCGACGAUCAGCUGUAUUUAACCAAGAUUUUCCUCGACGAGACCAAACGUGCCAAGCUGGGCAUGAAGUUGGACACACAAUCGCGGCUAUUCCAAAAUCUCCAUGGCGCCAAGAAUGACGUAAAGCUUAAGGUGGAUCUCGAGACCAAUCAGGGAGUCCUGCAGAAUGUGGACUUCAUGACCACGCCGGCCAUUAUCCAUGGCAACGGACUGAGCAAGGUGGAUCUGAAUGCAUAUGGCAACUAUUUGGCCAGGACUUUCAACGGCGUCUGCCUGUUUUGCCAGGAAAAUCUCCUAGACUUGGAUAACUCCAAACUUCCUGUGAUUUCUUUGGCUCUGAUUGUCACGCAACCCGUGCCUUUCUUCGACCAGUUCCUCGAAAGCAUUGAGAAGCUAAAUUAUCCCAAGGAAAAGCUCCAUUUACUCAUCUACAGCAAUGUUCCCUUCCACGAUGAUGACAGCAAGUCGUUUGUGACCAAGCAUGGCGAAAAGUACGCCACCGCCAAAUAUGCACUUUCUACUGAUGAACUGGACGAACGCCAAGGCAGGCAGUUGGCCCUGGACAAGGCUCGACUCCACCACAGCGAUUAUAUAUUCUACGUGGACGCAGAUGCGCACAUUGACGAUAGCGAGGUGCUCCGGGAAAUGCUCAGGCUGAAUAAGCAAUUUGUGGCGCCGCUGUUCACCAAGCACCAAGAGCUGUGGAGCAACUUCUGGGGAGCCCUUUCCGAGGGAGGUUACUAUGCCAGGUCGCACGAUUACGUGGACAUUGUCAAGCGUGAACUGAUCGGAAUAUUCAAUGUGCCCCAUGUGACAAGUAUUUAUCUGGUGAAGAAGUCUGCCUUCGAUGCCAUCUCCUUCAAGCAUAACGAUUUCGAUUCCGACAUGGCCAUGUGUGAGUCUCUAAGGAAUGCGGGCAUCUUCAUGUACGUUAGCAAUCUGCGCACUUUCGGCCACUUGGUCAACGCCGAUUACUUCAAUAGUACGGUGACACGUCCGGAUUUCCAUACGCUGUUCAGCAACCGCUUAGAUUGGACGAAGAAGUACAUUCACCCGAACUACUCGCUCCAGCUGAACGAAGACUACACGAUUCCGCAGCCGUGCACGGAUGUCUUUUGGUUCCAGAUCGUGACGGACGCGUUCUGCGACGAUUUGGUGGCCAUCAUGGAGGCGCACAACACCUGGUCGGACGGCAGCAACAGCGAUAGCCGACUGGAGGGCGGAUACGAGGCGGUGCCCACGAGAGACAUCCACAUGAAGCAGGUGAACCUGGAUCAGCUGUAUCUCAAGUUCCUUCAAUUGUUUGUGCGUCCGCUGCAGGAGCGUGUCUUCACUGGCUACUACCACAAUCCUCCCCGAUCGCUUAUGAACUUCAUGGUGCGCUAUCGACCGGAUGAACAACCGUCAUUGCGACCCCAUCACGACUCCUCCACCUACACCAUCAACAUCGCGAUGAACCGGGCGGGAAUCGACUACGAAGGCGGCGGCUGUAGGUUCAUUAGGUACAACUGUUCCGUGACCGAAACGAAGAAGGGUUGGAUGCUGAUGCACCCCGGUCGACUGACUCACUACCACGAGGGUCUGCUUGUCACCAAAGGCACUCGCUACAUCAUGAUUUCCUUCAUCGAUCCGUAGAGUAGCUAUAAGAUAUACUCUCAAUCAAACUGCCAUAUUGGCCACUCCAAAGAACUGCAGACUAAGCCCAAUGAACUACUUUGUUCCGAUGGAAUUGCGGCAUCGGCCCUCCGUUUCUGAUGAUUUUACACACUACUUUGAGAUCGAUAGCUUUAGGUUCCCCCAAUGAAUCUGUUGCAGCCUUAAGUUAAUUGUAAGAUUUUUUACCAAGUGCAAAGUGUUCAAUUUUUGACUAAAUAAAUUAAUUCAUUUAUUGAUUAA